AUGCUCAAUCGCUAUCUUCUGCCGGUCUUUAUUUCUUUGACAUGCCUGCCAAACUGGGGUUUUGCUGGAGACACGCUUCCCGCGGAUGGUGACUUGAUUUGGUAUGCUUCGUUCACCGAAGAGAGAUUUAUUCACCGCGAUGCAAAGCCUAGCAUUCAACCUCCGGGGCCGAUUUUGCGCGAAAAGCAAAGGAAUCUGAGAAGAUCACCGUUUGAAAAGAAUAACCCGCAGCGCCCGGGGGUUAAGACCGGAAGGUUGGGCCGCUGCCGCGAAGGACGAGGGGACCAGCCCCACGUGCCGACGCCUAAGAGAAGGAAUAUGCCGGCAGCUCAACAAGAUUAA